CCUUCCUCCUGGAUCCCUUUUUUUAAAAUCCUAACCUCUGGCCAGCCGCCGUUGCCGCCGUAGCCAGCCAAAGGGGGGGAUCCCAAAGGCUGCAGAGCCUGCUUUUCCAUUACUGCCGAGAAAGGGAGUGGAUACGGGCAGGCGGGUGGCCUGAGGAAAGGAGCUCCAAGUAGUGGACAUGGUGCUCCUUCUUAAUUUUACCAUCACAGCCCUUGUCCAGCGGGGUAGGUUGAUCUGAGAGGGAGCAACUGGCCCCAAGUCAUCCAGCCACCUGAAUGGGACAGUGACUCCUUCCCUCCAAAAUGGAGACCUGGGCCCGAAAGCGGGGCUCAGAGAUCUGUGCCCAAGUGGUAGCCUUGGCGGAGGAUUUUUUGUUGAGGCAGCGAGAGAAGGAAAGAUGGGAACGACGGGCAACCAGGCCAGAUCUUUCCAACCCAAAGCAGCCCCACUUGGACCUCCAGGAGGAGAAUGAUGAUGACGCCACCUCCCUUGCAGGUGACGCCCAGGGGAGUGAGAAUGAGGAAGAGGAGAUCCUUCAGCUAGAAGAUUCUGAGCCCAAUGGGACAUCCACAGGAGGAGAUGCCUCCUGGAGCAAUUCUCAGUUGCGUGAUGUGGGAGAAACUUCUAGGAGUCAUCAGACCUCAGACAUGAAAGAGGGGAAGAGAAUGGGUCCUCCCAUUCCAGGUUAUGAUGGGCGCUUGAAAGAGCCCAGAAUCUACAACUGUGGGGCUGUGAAGAUGUGCAUGGACUGUGGGAAAACUUUUAAGCAGAGCUCCAGCCUAUAUAGACACCGGAGACUCCACACAGGGGAGAAGCCCUAUGGCUGCACAGAGUGUGGUAAGAGCUUCAGCCGGAAGUCGCAUCUUAUUGCGCAUGAGCGGACCCACACGGGGGAGAAGCCCUAUGACUGCACAGAGUGUGGCAAGAGCUUCAGCCGGAAAUCACACCUCACCACUCAUGAGAGGAUCCACACGGGGGAAAAACCCUACAAGUGUGGGGAGUGUGGGAAAUGUUUCAGCCAGAGUUCGGCCCUUGUGGCGCAUGAAAGGUCCCACACUGGCGAGAAGCCAUUUACAUGCCCAGAUUGCGGGAAGAACUUCCAUCGGCGGUCAGGUCUUUCGGCACACGAGAGGACCCAUACAGGGGAGAAACCGUACCGGUGCACUGAAUGUGGAAAGAGUUUUAGCCAGAGUUCAGGACUUUUGGCCCACGAACGAACCCACACAGGCGAAAAACCAUACCGGUGCACCGAGUGUGGGAAAAGCUUCUGUGAGCGCACAGCCCUCGUGAGACAUCUGAGAACUCACACUGGGGAAAAACCAUACACUUGCGCCGUGUGUGGGAAAAGUUUCAGCCAGAGCUCGGGCCUUUUGGCGCAUGAGCGCACCCACACUGGGGAGAAACCCUACAAAUGCUCUGACUGCGGGAAAAGUUUUGGGCACCGCUCUGACCUUCUCAGGCACCAGAGAAUCCUUAAAAGAGGAAAACCGUAUAAAUGCUCUGAGUGUGGGAAAUGUUUCGGCCGGGGCUCAGAUCUCCUCCAGCAUCAGCAGAUCCACACAGGGGAGAAACCGUAUAAAUGCGCUUAUUGUGGGAAGUGUUUCAGCUGGCGUUCGAACCUUAUUAAACACGAGAGAAUCCACACCAGGGUGAAAACGUAUAAAUGUGCAGUUUGAGUCUAAAAGCUCUCCUCUUCAAAUGCCAGAGGUUCUACGCAAUGGAAGGCCACCGUGCCCGGUACAUUGAUUGUGAGAAAUUCGAUACAGUCGUAACUCACUCUUAUUACAAGGGGCAGUAAAUACAACCAUUGCAGAAAAUCUCCAGAGACAGAAAGAAAAUUAUUCCUAAUUGCUGGAGCAGCAUCAGGAUUCAGUCGUAUAUUACUGACAGUUAAAAAAAAUCUACAUCGGAGAAACAAUGUUGGAGCUGUCUGACCUACCUGAAAAGUGCCAUUCAUAACUCUCCACGGUUAAACUUCCACAGAAUCUGGUUCCAUUGCAAAAAUGACAGCAGGAUUCUAGAAUUAGCGAUCCUUGAUAGUAUCUAACCCCGUGUUUCUCAACCUUGGCCCUUUUAAGAGGUGCAGACUUCAA